AUGGUCUUCGGGCUGAGGGCCCAUAGUAAAGAAGUUGAUCUCGGGAAGUGGUUCGGGCAUGGUUCCAAUCGGAAUGGAACCUCGAAAGAAGUGGCUCAAGCUAUGCGCCACAAAGUGUGGCUUUGCCUCAACAUCAAGCCUUCACGUCACCACCCGAAUUACCAAAACUUCCCUUUAAACCUCAACCUCACCCAUCGCCCAGUCAACACUGAGCCCGUCGGGCCCCUAUACCACAUCCCCGAGUCCUCAUCCACCACAAACCUCACCAUGUCCCGCCCCUCCUUCUCUCGCGGCCUAUGGUCCAAACUCCGCACCCCUCCAAACAUCCCACCAUACCGCUCCACCCCCCAUCCCACCAGUGCCCGCUCCUACCGCCCACAACGCCCCAGCCGGCCGCAAUACCAGCGCUUCCAAGGCAGCUCCGGCAACAUCUGGCAGCGCUGGGCCGCGCGCCCAACCUUCUACCGCGAAGUGGGCGGGCUGACCACCGUCGCCGGCGGCUUCUACGUCUUCAACCUCGAAACCGUGCCCGUCUCCGGCCGCCGCCGCUUCAACUGCAUAAGCGCGGAAUGGGAGAAAUCGCAGGGCGAGGCCGGCUACCAGCAGAUCAUGCGCGAGUAUAAGGGAAGGGUACUGCCGGAGUGGCACCCGGCGACGCAGCAGGUGCGGCGGGUGCUGGAGCGGCUGGUUCCGCAGUCCGGGCUGGAGGGGGAGGAGUGGGAGGUGCAUGUGAUUCAGAGCGAGGAGGUGAAUGCGUUUGUGAUUCCGGGGGGCAAGGUGUUUGUCUUCUCUGGCAUCCUGCCGAUAUGCGGGGACGAUGAUGGAGUCGCGGCGGUGCUGGGUCACGAGAUCGCGCAUAAUGUAGCGCAUCACACGGCGGAGCGGAUGAGCCAGGCGCUGCCGCUGUUUCUGAUCAAUAUCAUUAUGGCCUACUCGAUUGGUGUGCCGGAGGGUAUUAGCAGGCUGAUUACAGACCUUGUGGUGGCUCGCCCUGGAGGCAGGAAGCAAGAGGCCGAAGCCGACUACAUCGGCCUCCUAAUGAUGGCGCAAAGCUGCUACAACCCCGAAGCCGCCGUGCGCCUCUGGCAACGCAUGGCCCAAGCCCAAAAGGGCGAACCCCCCCAAUUCCUCUCUACCCACCCCUCCAACCACAACCGCCAAGAGAAGAUCCAAGAGUGGCUCCCACAAGCGCGCGAGAAACAGGACUUGUCAGACUGCCACGCAACGACUAGCUACGCGAAAGAUUUCAGAAGAGCCUUGUCUUCCGCGGGGUGGUAA